AUGAGUUACCCACCACAAUCCUUGAUAGUGCGAGGUACUCUCACUCACUCACUGCUCGCACAAUAUUUUUCUGCUCUCAAUUCACGUUUCUCUCUUCCAAAGAUGGAUUGGCAAGGGCAAAACCUAGCAGAGAAGCUAAUGCAGAUAAUGUUGCUUGCAUUUGCUGUGAUUGCAUUUGGAACAGGAUACCUCACGGCUUCUUUCCAGUCGAUGAUCCUCAUAUACGCUGGUGGUGUGGUUCUAACCACAUUGGUGACUGUUCCGAAUUGGCCAUUUUUCAACCGCCAUCCUCUCAAGUGGUUGGAUCCAAGUGAGGUAGAAAAGCACCCCAAGCCACAGCCAUCUCCAAUUGUGAAUUCAAAGAAGAAACCCAUUAAGAAGUAG